GAAAGAAAACAUGAAAUAGCAUCAACAUCGGCAAAUGAUUCUGAUUUAGAGUUGGAUCAUUUGAAUAGUUAUUCGGAUGCAUCUAUAGAUAAUUUAAAGGUUUAUAAUAAUAUUAGAGAAUUAUAUACAUAUGUAACACACAUUCUUAAAUAUUUAGAUAAUAUUCAAAAACUUAAAGGAGAUUGCAAUGAUUUAGUAAAGGAUUGUAAAGAAUUACGUGGAUUGUCUAGGGAAUUAUAUGAAUUAAAAAUACAAAUUACUAGUUUAAGUGAUAGAGAAAAUGAUAUUUCAAAUAAUAUUAAUAUUGUAUCUAAUAAAUUAAAUGAAAUAGGUGCUAUGCAAUAUAAUUUUGAAAAAUAUAAAGAAAUUUUUGAUAAUGUAGAAGAAUAUAAAACAUUAGAUGAUACAAAAAAUGCAUAUAUUGUAAAAAAGGCUGAAAUUUUAAAAAAUGUAGAUAUAAAUAAAACAAAAGAAGAUUUGGAGAGAUAUUUUAAUGACAUAAACAAAUUAGAAGAAUCUCUUAUAUUAUCAUCUGAU